GUAUCAUCAUGCAGAAAGUAUUGCAAGUCGUUGGUUUGGCUGGUUAGCGGAUGAGGGCAGCACUUUCUUACCAGACUGCUCCGUCCUGAACCGAUUUACCUCUGCCACAUUGCGUCCAAGAGGGAAUAAAAGCAGCCCAGUCAGCGGAAAACACAGUUUUGAGGUUUUGCUUUUAUGGUAGGAAAAAUUAUUCAGAGGCUGGUCGUUUUUCCUCAUUGCAUCAGUGUCGUAUGGGUUUCAGUCUGGGAUUAUGGCAAGGGGAAGUGCAACGUUAAAGUGAAGUGGGACCUUUUUAUUACUCACACAAAACACAGACUUGUGGCCAUCUUAACUUGUGCAGCAUGGAAUGAGCUUAGAGGGUGCCCGUCUUGUCAGUGACAGCAACUCUGGAAACCCAGUUGAAUUAAACAACAGAAAGUGACUCAAGAAUUAAGAAAACAUAAAAAGAAACUGCAGGCUGCUCUCUGUAUUUUAGCUGAGCCACAUUUGCUUCUCAGCCACGUAAACUAAUAAGUCCCACCUGGUGGUUUAGGUUGCACGUGUAUGACAAGUGCGAUCACAGUACCCUCAGUUGUUUGCACGCAACAGAUCUUAAUUACUUCACUCUGUAAGAUGAGGGGUCCUCAAUUGAUACCAAAAUGCUGUCAGAAGUUCACCCCGGCCUGAUUAAAGGCAUAACGAGGUCCUAGCAGCGGAACUCGCUCCGGAACAUCUGAAGACACUUUAAAACGUCUCCCUUGACUGACUUGAUCAUCUCAGCUCAGCUACAAUAUUAUAAAAGUGUCUAAUUAUAGACUGGUUGUUUGAAAGCUGCUGGAAAAUGCAACGCUAGAUUGUAUCUCACUUAGGAGCUGAAAUGGAAGGCAAAACCCCACUCUAACCUUUUUGGUUAGUAUAUAUCCAAAUUAAUUUGUCCAAAAAUAUCAUGAUGUGUCUGCAUUAUGGAAGCAUUUUGCAGUAUGCAAGCCAACGUGCUUCUCUGCUUAUUCUGACUCACAAUUCUGAGUUGUGGAUAUAUGUAAGACAUUGUGACACAUGUUUGACUUUGGAAAUAACCUUGUCUCUUUGUUUGUAACAUGCAAACUUUCUGUUACUGGCAUUUCCCAGAAUGCACCUGCUGGUCAUGUGCCCGCAGCUAAGUUCUUCAACCGCCAAAUUCCCUUCUAAAGUGAGGUCAAAGGUCAGAUGUCGGGAACAGCGAUGAAGAAAGCCUGGAUCGACUCUAUCACUGAAGCUCCUGUUCUAAGUGAUGUCCUUUGUUUUCAUGAUACCACCCUGCUGACAAAUGACUCUAAAAGUCUUUACUAUGAGCAUAACUGCUGACUGGACUUGACUCAGUCUGGGUCACGGGACACGGACCAUGAAGCCCGCCUCUGAUCUCUGAACUUUUACAUUUCCUUCCCAGACAUUCCUCCUGGUAUGCGGGUGUCAGAUUCCUCAGGUGUGAAGCACCAUCCGCUGCUGUCGACUCGCAGGACAACCCCUACAAAGCACCAUUCACCCAAUUGAAGGGCGGUGGUACACGCUUACCUUGGCGUUAUUUUUCUUGUCCCUGUCGCUGUUAUACACCGAUGGCAAUAUGGCAUAGUCAGCCCAAGAGAUCCCAGAAGAUACCCUCCAUGUAUGACUCGCAAUGUGCUACAAAUGUUCCACUUUACGCUAACAGAGAUGAGACUCCUGCACAGCUGUAUCCCCACUGAUGACAGGAACACAGCUGGAUUAUUAUUUUCAAGCUACAGAACCGCAGAAGAUGUGCAACGGUCACCCAUGUGAACGAUAACCCAGUCUCGCACUCCACUUAGUUUUGUGUGUUAGUGCGUUUAAUAUGUUAACUUGAAAAUGAUGCACUGAGAAAAAGUUAUCCAUGGGGCAUAUUUUGAUGCUGUUGAAGUACAAAUCUUGCUGUGACUUUAUCCGUAUUGCCUGACGUACUGCGUUUAUGGGCCUAAAACAAAAUGCUAGUUCCAACGACAGCCUGCAGAUAGAAGAUGAUGACUGACAGACUGCUGCUGUCUGACUCUUCCUCCGCAGCAUGCUGCAAACUGCUGAUGACACUUGCGAAGUUCAUCGAGGUGGCUUAAGAAUACCAGCAGUCUUUUAGACGGCAAUGGAGCAGGGAAUACUGUCCACUCCAUCACCCUCCCUUUCAGGACACGUACCUGCAGAAGCAGCAGAAUCAGCAGCUCCGUUUUGCUGCUGCGCUGACUGCAAAGAAAAUCUAUUAAAAAAAAAAAAUACAGUCCCUCUCUCUCUGCUCCCUCUCAAAUAGCCUAUAACCUCGGCUCUUUUAGAUGACACCCCUCCCAAUCCCCCUUUGACAGGCAGGUGUCAUCUCCAUCCCGAUCCUUCGGGUAGAAAAAGUGGGCAGUUCUGGAUCUCAUAUGUGGCUUCACUUUCUCUCAACUCCCUCCCCUUCCCUCCCGAGCAUCAGACUGGUUCGGACAGCAGUCCCAGCUCACUUCGUCUCUGCGCAGAGCCCCCAGAGCCGCUCUCCUCCCGACAGCACAGUCGCACUGCAGCACAGCUGAGCGGAGUGGACGGAAAAUACUUUUCACAGCCGAGAAGUCCCCCAUCCUGCAUGAGCUGAAAUGCUGCUGAAAAGAAGCCGACAUGUCCAAAUACUUCCACUUCUCAUUGCGGUCUGCCGCCUCACUCUGGCCUUCCCCACCCAAAGCUCAUCAGCAUUCGAUGAUGUUCGGCAGCUCCAGGUGAAAAUCCCGCACUCAGGUCCUGUUUCCGCCCCACUUGGCAGCUCCAUCUCCAUCCCAUGCUUGGUCUACCGGUCCUCUUCCUCCCCUGUUGCACCGCGGGUCAAGUGGACCGUGGUGUCCGAUGGUGUGGAGACACAAAUCCUGGUGGCACGGGGUGAAAGAGUGAAGGUCAACGAGGCAUACCGAGACCGCGCCGCAUGGCUCAACUACACAUCCUCCCCCGAUGAUUUGUCCCUGUGGUUGGGAGAUUUACGCUCCAGUGACUCUGGCCACUACCGCUGUGAGGUGCAGCAGGGCCUGGAGGACGCCAGCGACCUCGUACAACUCAAGGUCAAAGGUGUUGUAUUCCACUACAGGGAUGCGUUGGGUCGCUAUGCGUUUUCCUUCCAUCAGGCGCUGAGUGCUUGUGAGGCCAUCGGGGCACAAAUUUCGACUCCCGACCAGCUGCUGGCGGCUUAUUACGAUGGCUACGAGCAGUGUGAUGCAGGCUGGCUGGCUGACCAGUCUGUCAGGUACCCAAUCCAAGUGCCCCGUGAAGGUUGUUAUGGAGACAUGGAUGGCCAACCAGGCGUGAGAAACUAUGGGACGAUGGAUCAAAAUGAUCUUUAUGAUGUUUACUGUUAUGUGGAGGAAACUGACGGAGAGGUCUUCCAUGACUCCAUCCCGCAGCAUUUGUCAUUUGAUGAAGCACAGUCUUACUGCAGAGCAGCUGGAGCAGAGUUAGCUACAACAGCACAGCUGUACUUGGCAUGGAGCGAAGGUCUGGAUCGUUGCAGUCCUGGGUGGCUGUCCGAUGGCAGUGUGCGCUACCCCAUCAUAGCUCCUAGAGAGCGCUGCGGAGGGCCUCAACCAGGCGUCAAAACCCUCUACCGCUUCAACAAUCAAACUGGCUUCCCACAGCCAUCUAGUCUUCAUGACGUGUAUUGUUUCAGUCAUAAUACAAGUAGUCCCACCGACUCGCCCAUGGACAAUGGGUCCACACAGCCUGAGGACAUCAGACAAGAUGUUGUUAUUCUAAUGGAAACCGAUCAAGAGCUGCAACUAAACCAACAUGUAGAACAGGGGGAGCUCAAAGCUCAAAGGGUACUUGAAUCCUUUCCCCUUUUCUCCUCAAAGGAAAACCCAACAGUUGUAUCUGACACAACAAGGUCCCCUAUAAACACCACACCUACCUUGGAACUCCUUCAGGCAUUGAAUGAAACGUCAUCUCCUACAGAAAACAGCUCCCCACGUCAUACAGCCCUGAUGAACACCACAUUCAGCACCACAGAGACCUACAAUUCUCUACAUAAUAUGUCAUCACUGCCAAGUGUUAACAAUGAGACGGAUUCCCACUCCAACUUGAACGUCACCUUUCACCAAUCUGAGCCUGAAAGCACCACAGGGUUUCUCAAAUCAUCAACUGAAUCUCACACACAUAAGUGGACAGUUCCAAACCUCAUAGAGAAUACAUCUGAGACGCCAAAGGAUUUGCAAAAAAUGCAGGAGACCAACUUGGAUUUUGACAGAUUGCGAGCCAAAUACAGCGAAAAAGACGGGAAUCAUACUCAAGAGGCCUCAAAUGAAGAAGAACUUGUUACACAACCAGCACAAACUACUAAAUCUACAAUCAUGGAGCUAACCUCAUUGUGGGCCCAUCUGGAUGGAUCUGGAGAUAUUUAUCAAGAAAAUGACCUUGAGAUGAAAGCAGUAAGCUUAAUCCACGCAUCAGAUUCUUCUACUUCCGGCUUCACUACUCAUGCGUCACCUUCUACUUCAGCUAGCAGUGCUUCUAUUGAGCCUCAAACAGCAUUCCCUGAAUUGACCCUUCAAUCUGGGUCACACCAUCCCAACACAGCGGGCUUGGAUAUCUUCUCCACAGCAUCCCAGUUGUGGGAUUCCCCCAUCUCUAGACAGGAGGGAAGUUCAAGCUUAGAAAUUGAAGACACAGUUACUUUGGAAAGCAAAGAAAAAAUCCUGCAUCUUACAAUUUCCGAAGACAACCUAGUUUCUGCAGGAAGUUUAGUUAACAAUGGGUCUCCAGAGGUGUCGAACCCUUCUCAGUUGCCUACUGAUUCCUUUAAAGCACGGUAUCAAACAUCAGGUUACAGAGUGUAUUUGGAAAGUAGGACCACUGGGUAUGAAGAGGCAAGUGGGCAUGAACUUUCUACGGUUACUGCAAUCCAUGGAGAAGACAUUACACUUGCUCCAACCAAUGAAGAGGAUGUCAACGUUACCCCAACUCAAGUUUCUUUUUUAUUUGAAGAAGAAGCUAUAAUUGCCCCAACCCUUGAAGAAGAAAUUAAUUUGGCCCCCACCAUUGCCCUUGAAGAAGAAGCUAAAUCAUCUCCAACCGCUGAAAAAGAAGCUUACGUUUCCACAGGCCUUUUAAAAGACGUUAACGUCUCCCAAACCGUUGAAGAAAACAACAACACUGUUCCAACUCUUGGAGAAGAAGCAAGGGUUGCCUCAACCCUUAAAGAAUCUAACAUGGCCCCAAACCUUGAAGAAGAAGCUAGUGUUGCCCCAAACCUUGAAGAAGAAGCUAGUGUUGCCCCAACCCUCAAGGAAGAAGAGCGCUCCGCCUCAACCCUUGAAGAAGAAGCUAACGUUGCUGCAACCCUUGAAAAAGAAGCUAGUGUUGCCCCAACCCUCAAGGAAGAAGAGCGCUCCGCCUCAACCCUUGAAGAAGAAGCUAACGUUGCUGCAACCCUUGAAAAAGAAGCUAGUGUUGCCCCAACCCUUGAAGAAGAAUCUAGCAUAGCCCCAAACCUUGAAGAAGCAGCAAGUGUUGCCCCAAACCUUGAAGAAGAAUCUAGCACAGCCCCAAACCUUGAAGAAGAAGCUGAUGUCGCCUCAACCCUUGAAGAAGAAUCUAGCAUAUCCCCAAACCUUGAAGAAGAAGCAAGUGUUGCCCCAAACCUUGAAGAAGAAGCUAGUGUUGCCCCAACCCUCAAGGAAGAAGAGCGCUCCGCCUCAACCCUUGAAGAAGAAGCUAACAUUGCUGCAACCCUUGAAAAAGAAGCUAGUGUUGCCCCAACCCUUGAAGAAGAAUCUAGCAUAGCCCCAAACCUUGAAGAAGAAGCAGCAAGUGUUGCCCCAAACCUUGAAGAAGAAUCUAGCACAGCCCCAAACCUUGAAGAAGAAGCUGAUGUUGCCUCAACCCUUGAAGAAGAAUCUAAUGUUGCCCAAACCUUCAAUGAAGAAGAGACCUCUCCCCCUACCCUUCAAGAAGAAGAGGGUGUUGCCCCAACCAUUGAAGAAGAAGCUAAUGUUGCCCCAACCCUCAAGGAAGAAGAGCGCUCUGCCUCAACCCUUGAAGAAGAAGCUAACGUUGCUGCAACCCUUGAAAUAGAAGCUAGUGUUGCCCCAACCCUUGAAGCAGAAGCUAAUGUUGCCCAAACCUUCAAUGAAGAAGAGACCUCUGCCCCUACCCUUCAAGAAGAAGAGGGUGUUGCCCCAACCAUUGAAGAAGAAGCUAAUGUUGCCCAAACCCUCAAGGAAGAAGAGCCCUCUGUCCCUACCCUUCAAGAAGAAGAAGAGGAUGUUGCCCCAACCAUUGAAGAAGAAGCUAAUGUUGCCCCAACCCUCAAGGAAGAAGAGACCUCUGCCCAUACCCUUCAAGAAGAAGAGAGUGUUGCCCCAACCCUUGAAGAAGAAGCUGACGUUGCCCUGAACUUUGAGCAAGACUUUACUGUCUUUCCACUUGAGUCCCAAACACCAAACUGGACUCCACUGACCACCACAACAGGGCCCCAAGAGUCUCUAAAUGAUCUAGAAUACAGCAAAAUGAACUUCCCCAUCACCUCCACAGCAACUCCAGAUUCCUCCUCAAGGACAAAGCCCACUGCUGCUACCAGGAAGUCCACCACACACUGGUCCAGACGUGCCUGGAGCCCCACCACUUCAGCAGCAAAUAUGUUCCACCAGACGGCUGAGCCCUGGAAGGUGUCAACGUUCAUACCACCAGUGGAUCAAGGUCUGGUGGAUUCUGAGUUUAGUCUCACCCAGACGCCCACCACUCUUAUUUUGCCCAAUGAGAGGGCAGCUGUAGGCGGUACAUGGAAAGCUUCAGAUGCCUGUGUGGUCGACCCCUGUCUCAACGGAGGCACCUGCACUGACCAGAACGGGCAGAUGCAAUGUCUCUGUUUGCCGUCAUAUGGAGGAGACUUCUGUCAGACCGACCUGGAGCGAUGUGAACCAGGCUGGGACAAGUUCCACGGUUUCUGCUACCGACACUUCAGCAGGCGCCUGAGCUGGGAGGUAGCAGAGCAGCACUGCCGCAUGCUGGGAGCUCAUCUUGUGUCCAUAAUUACCCCCGAGGAGCAGAGUUACAUCAACAACAACUACAAAGAAUACCAGUGGACAGGUUUGAACGAUAAAACCAUCGAGGAUGAUUUCCGCUGGUCUGAUGGCAACCCGAUGCUGUAUGAGAACUGGUACAUAGGGCAGCCAGACAGCUACUUCCUCUCUGGUGAAGACUGCGUGGUGAUGGUGUGGCACGAUGAAGGACGAUGGAGUGAUGUUCCCUGCAACUACCACCUUGCUUAUACCUGCAAGAAAGGAACCUCCUCAUGUGGUCCACCACCCAGAGUGCGAAACGCCUCCGUCUUUGGAAAAGGCCGACAGAGAUACGAGACCAACGCAGUUGUGCGUUAUCACUGCGCCCGGGGUUACCAGCAGAGAUUAACUCCUCUGAUCAGGUGUCUGUCUGGAGGCAGGUGGGAGACGCCACAGGUUCUGUGCAUCCCUGAGGCCGGUGGCCCAAUCCAACACUCUGAAGUGACCUUAGAGACCAACGACAACUCCGCUGCCAUCGAAGAUGAGUUCGAACCCACUAAAGAGACGCCCCAGUACUGGCACAUCAAGUUUUAAAUGUCAAUGCAAUGCUUCCCUAACUUGUCUUCCCUCUUGAAUUCAUUUUUUUUUUUAACAUGACACGGAGCCAGGAAUCAAAUGCUUUUACCAAUGAGCACUUAAAAAGGGGACAAUAUGAACUGCAGACUCCUGUAGAUACAAACUGAAGCUUCCUCUCACAAAGAAGCCCAUGGCACCUUUUCUUUUGAUGGAAGUCAACAUUCCUACUUUUUGGUGUCAUUUAGAAUAUUGUAUUGUCUACUGUAUUGUGGUUCAAUGUAAUGCUAGCAGAGUUUAAAAUAGUUUUAAAGUAUAAAGAAAAAGAAUUUUCAAAUGACAGUCGACUUCAAUUCUUGGAUUCACAUCGUAAAAUCUUUUUAUAAACAUGGUGCUAUGCUUCAUUAGGAACUAUUUUUUCCAACAGAGAUGUUUCUUCGACUUUCUCAAAGAAUCUAAUAAUUUCAAAGCACAAAGUUGAUUAUAUAGUAGUCAAUAAGUACUGUACAUAAUUAAAUUCACUUUCACACCUGGGAUUACUGCUGUCUGCAUUCUCCUUAGAUAAACCUUUUAUUUCCAGAAGACACAGUUUUGUUCAUCAGCUUUAUGUUGUAAUAAAGUUUUGUAGAACAGAGAAAAGAAUAAAUCCUUCUCUUAUUUUA